AUGGAUUUGCCGAUAUUGCAGAGACUAUCACCGCCUGGAGUGACGGUGCUGGUUCUAUUCCUGGCCGUGUCGUCACAAUGGCUUUUUCACUUCAUCGACCCUGGACCAAUCCCACGAGAACACGCGUACAUGUUCGAUGGCCUUGUCGCGUGCUUACUGAUCUGCUACUGGAGAACAUGCUUCACAGAUCCGGGGGAUAUACCAAAAGACUGGCAUGAGAAGACUCAAGACUCUGCCUACGGACCUCAGAAAGAUCCCAGCAAAGUGGCAGCAGGCCAGCCAAAUCGUUGGUGCCGAAGAUGUGAGGCCUACAAGCCUCCAAGGUCUCAUCACUGUAAGACGUGCAAGCGAUGCAUCCAAAAAAUGGACCAUCACUGCGUGUGGACAUCCAAUUGCAUUUCACACAUCACCAUUCCUCACUUCGUUCGCUUCCUGUUCUAUGCUGUCGUUUCUAUGACGUUCUUAGAAUACUUCCUCUACCUCCGAGUAUCUAUACUUUGGUCACAAAAGUCUCUUCCUAGUUAUCUCGGUCCAUCUGUGUACCGCCUGGCGCACUUGUUCGUCCUUUGUGCAGUCAAUUCACUGAUCCUAUUUGCCCUCACGUUACUUCUGGGCCGAACAAUCUGGUCACUUUCAGUCAAUACGUGGACAAUUGAGGGCUGGGAGAUCGAGCGUCACCACACGCUGCUCCGACGUGCUCGUGUACUCGGUGGCUAUCUCGAGGGCCCAGAUGGCGUCAAAGUCCAGAUUCAGCACCAGGAGUUUCCAUGGGAUGUAGGCAUUUGGAGGAACAUAUGCCAAGGCAUGGGAUCUGGCAAUCCGCUUGCAUGGUUCUGGCCAUUUGCAAGUAGUCCCAGUGUCGCAAGCGGACUUUCGUUCGAGCACAAUGAGAUUGACGUAGACCCCAGCAAGCCAUGGCCACCACCAGACCCCGAUCGCCUCUUCAAGAAAGUCGAACGUCAGCCCAUUCUCGGAGAUGGAUUCACCAAAUCAUGGGACAUCGACGAGUUCAAGCGUCGUCAAGCCGCCGACAUAUCUCGAUACACCGAUGCGGACGACGAAUAUGUGGUUCGGAGACGUCCGUUCCACGAACGGCUGGAGGCUGCCUCUAGCCAAGACCGAGAAAGGAAUUACUACGACUACGACGAAGCAGCGGAGCUGGACGAUGAUGACUAUGGCAGUGACAGCGACCAGCCACGAGCACGUGGGGACCGGUCCGAGGAUGCAAACGACGAGGGAGAGGAAGCUUGGCGGAACAAGGAGGGCGAGAGACUUGCAGAUUUUGGCGUAGACGAGGUCGCCGACUUCUACGACGAGGACGAUGAGCCUUUGGCAGAGCUCAUUCGACGUCGGAAGCAGAAUUGA